AUGUCUCAAGACGUUCUGCUGAAUAAAUUGAAGAUUCAGAUAAAACUAUGUAUAAAUCGACUUCGUUUGGUACAGCAAAAGAUGGCAGCUGUUCAUAAACAACAACAAAAAGAAUUGGUUGUUCUAUUAGAAAAAAAUAAAAUUGAAAAUGCAAUGAUAAAAGCUGAGAAUAUUAUUAGAGAAGAUAUUAAAAGAGAAUUAUUGGGAAUUUUGGAAUUAUAUUGUGAUGUUUUACUUUCACGUUGUUGCUUUUUAAAAAGAGGUCAUUGUCAUGAACAAAUUCAUCAGGCUGUUUCUACAUUAAUAUAUUCCAUGCCCAGAUGUGAAAUAAAAGAAUUUAAUAAGAUGAAUGAAAUUUUUAGAUUAUAUUUUGGAAAAGAAUUUAUACAAGAUUCAAUAGAAAAUAAGCAUAAUAUAGUAGAUCCUAAGGUUGUUGAAAAAUUGCGUUAUGAUGCAUUAAAUAAUGAUCUCGUUGAAAAUUAUCUUCAAAAAAUUAUGCAUCUUUAUAAUAUUGGUCAAAACGACAAAUUAAAUACUUUUAAUAUAUUGGAUAGUGCUGCCUUUUGCAAUGAAGGAUUUGAGGAAUUAAAGAAAAGUCAAGAUUCUAAUCCUACAUCUACAAUUCAUUCUUUGCCUGUUUCUGAUGACUCGGAAUCUCAUUCAAAAUCAUCAAUAUAUCUGCAUAAUUGUAAUAAGGAUACGUCUAAUAAUAUUUCAAAUAUGGAUCAACUCUGGGCAAGAUUUGAAAGACUUAAACAGAAUUAA